GCCCACUAUUGUCAAAUAUAUAUACGUUCUCGCAGAACUAGAUUCAUUUUUUUCGGUCGAGGUCACACGAACAGCGCUUAUAAUGCACACUACGAGUUAACUGUAUCCCGAAGGGGGCUGUCUUUCCGCAAUGUGUUGGCGCGAAAAUGUAACAUCACAUCAGCGAGUACUUCCGUUACAGUCGGAUGAGAAAAUUUCUCGACUAUCCCUCGCCCGAGUUUUCAAUCUCAAUUAACAGAAGGUCCCCUUUCAAGGCUCUCGAGCCCCUUCGGAACGGCUUUAAAGGAUCGUUUGGCAACCAGGUCAGGAAUAAUACUUCCAUUUAAGACUGUACCGCGAUGUCUUGGUUCAGAAGAUUUUUGCUAGAGCGUUAAAAUCAUGUGCAACAGGUGUGAGCAUGUAAUACAACAAUCGGGGUAUAUAAGAUUCCUACAAAAUACACCACAUGUCAGUUGAAUAGCGAACAUUCAAAGGGUGAACACACCGCUGGACCGUUGUAAAACACACGUGUGAAUAAAAUAACAGUGAUUUAUUCAAGUUUGGAGUUCAGUGCGGUAGAUAAGGAUAGGAACUUCAUCCGCGUACGGUAAAUCGAAAAAUCGACAAAUAUGAGGACGCGAGUAUUGAUUUUCGCAAUGAUCCUCCAAUCGACGACUUUGAUCGGCAGUUCGAUCGCCGGUCAAACUGACUACACGCGAUUGUUCGGGAAGUGCGCCGAAGAGAAGAAUACCUUCGACUGUUUGAAACGAAAAGCAUUGAACAUCCUCGAAUCGGCGAUUAAAGAAGAUUCGGUGUACACGCUAAACGACCUUGUCUCGAUAACGAAAGAUCCGAAAUUCGUCGUCGCCGAAACGUCCAGGAGUCUCAACAACGACUCUCUGGACGAACAGCUUGAAAAAAGAUUCUACGAGUACCUGUCGUCCAGGAGUAUAAAGUUCACCAUUCCGGGGAAUAUAAUCGAAGGGCGUAAAAAGAAGGACAAAUACGGCGGCAUGAUGAUGAUGGGUGGUCUGGCGAUGGCCGGUAUGAUGGCGCAGUUGGCGAUGGGAAAAAUAGCGUUUUUGGCGGGGACGGCGUUGCUGACGGCGAAGAUCGCCCUGGUUCUGAGCGCGAUAAUAGGACUGAAAAAAUUGGCCGGAAGUGGCGGAGGAGGGCAUGAGGUGAUCUACGCCACGGCAACGGAACACCAUGGCGGUGGAGGGGGUGGUGGUUCUUACGGUGGAGGUUGGCAACGAUCAUUUGGGGGACCGAAUCUUACCGGAAAUAGCGCUGUUUACCCCGUUUAUACGGGUGCAGUCAACGCGGGACAGGAUCUGGCAUAUAGCGGUCAAAGAUCGCAAAGUUGAACCGGCUAGGCGUCGAUCUCAUCCGCAUUUUCAUCCGAAAUACUGUUCGAUGUUACCGUUACACAGGGGGACGCCGUUGACCGAUGAAAAAUCAUAACUUUCGCCAAACUCUCCCCCUCUCGCGGUGCAUCGACAUCGUCUGAUAUUACGAAUAUUAGUUUUAGAAAUUAUCAUGUAAUUGUAUGUAUUAUUUAUUACUCGUUGAACUACAGCCCCUAAAUAUCGCAAUCGAUUUUGUAAGAUUCUGUUCGGAGGGUAGAAAGUAGAAAGUUGAGAGAAAAAAAAAAGAAGGAAGAAAAAAUGGUGCUGGGCAUCUCCUCGUUUGGUUGGUUUGAUAAUUUGAAAGAAAAAAAUUACGGUCAUUUUUCGCCGAUAAGUUUGACUAAUCUGAUGUCAUUUGAUAUUAUUCUAGUGAUUUCUAUUCUGAGCGUCUAUCAUCGUCGCGUGAUCUGACCAGUGGAAUUAUUUAACGCCUGAUUAUAUCCGACUAUCCGACCUACGGAAUAAAACGACCGCUGCUACUUUAGACUUUAGAAAAAAACAAAGAGCAUAACGAUGUGUAUUGUUUAAUUAUUUAUGAAAUAAAUUAUGCUAAUGUGAAACAAAAA